GGGCCCUGGGAUUGGAUUUCCGGGGUGAUGAAUAUUCAUCGGUCUGAGCCGGCCUCUGCUUCUGUUUACUUAGCGGGGAGGGGCCGGGUUUCAGGUUCACCUUGACUCCUGGAGCUACAGCGGAGCAGGUACCGGCUCCUGCACCUGUUUCUCUCACACCUGACCUGCAGCCUCUGCCACCCACCUCUCCCCGCGGAGCACCCUGGAGGCACCCUCUGCUCCUCGGGUCUCACCCUCCCGGGCAGCUCCUACGCUCAGCUCCUUCUCUAAGGAAGGUCUCACCUCCAGCCUGAAGCAGUCUGGACUGCAGAAAGUCCCCCUGGGCUGAGGGAACGCCAUGACAGAAGUUGGUUGGUGGAAGCUGACCUUCCUCCGGAAAAAGAAAUCCACCCCUAAAGUGCUCUACGAGAUCCCGGACACCUAUGCUCAAUCGGAGGGUGGCACAGAGCCACCUGGACCAGAUCCUGGGGACCCCAAGAGCGACUUCAACACGCGUCUGGAGAAGAUUGUGGACAAGAGCACCAAGGGCAAGCAUGUCAAGGUGUCUAAUUCAGGCCGCUUCAAGGAGAAGAAAAAAGUUCGAGCCAUGCUGGUGGAGAAUCCCAAUCUCUUUGAUGACAGGGAGGACAAGGGACAGUGAAGGGGGUCAGGGAGGACGCUAGCCCCUCACUGCUCCCUGCCAUUGGCAGAGGUCUGAGACAGGAGCUUGCCACGCUGGCCUCUUUGGUCAUAGCUUAUACCACAGGGGCAGUCGACACCUGCUGGCAGGAAAUACCUGGUUCCUAGGUUUGUAAUUAUGUGCCCCAGCUUUGUGCAAGGCCUGGAUAGCCCAGGGUCUUCCCCCUCACCAUGACCACAUACAAAGGCACUUUGUUCAGGAUGAAAACUGCCACCCAGGAGAUGUCGCCCUCCUGGGCACGGUGACACACAUGACUCACAGGUAUAUGGCAUGGCAGAGAGCAAAGGUAGCCAGAGGGGGCUCCGCCUCCGCCCUGGGCCCAGGGUCAAGGGUGAGUUUGAAUUGCUGCUCCCUUUACUUUCGCUGCCUGUGCCUGCUCCCUGGGCCUAUCCUACGAAAGGCAUUUUCCAGAAGCCACGUGACAGAGGUGGUUUCCUUGGUGCCCAGGCAGAGAUAUUGAACUUGAGCUCACCUCUUAACACCAGUAAUACACUUCCUGGAACUUUGCCCCCAGGACCGGAGGGGCAGAGGAUCCAAGCACACUCUGGGGGUGCUGCAGGAGGAAUGACCAGUGAUCCCCCUGCACUCCUGCCUUGACUCACUUGCGUGCAUGCAGAGCUGCACACCCUUAAAGGGAGGUCUCACUGGCCCAAGGGUCCCAACUCGGGGUAGUGAGUCCGGGAAGCUCAGUUAGGACCUAAAAGCAGCCAGUUUCUUUCUCUUUCCCCUGAUAGUAUUUGAGAUAGAUCAGCCCCAGAGGUGGAUCCUGGAACCUCAAAUUUGGUUGGGAAAAAACAACAACAACAACAACAAAGGUUAUUUCUUUUAAUAAACAAAAUGCUGUAAAAGCAGAGAACCUGUUUAUGCCCCGAUCUUGGAUUUAUGGAAAUGACUAUUUUUCUGCCUCUACCUCUGCUCAUGGAAGUAAAGUAACCUUCGGGCUCAUACUGUU